UGAUGUGGGAAAUCAGAGUUUUCCACCAAACCCGCCCUGAUCAUGUGCUUUUUCAAGGAAGAGUGUGUGAUUUUACAGGAAAACAGAGGCAGAUAUUCAUCUCUUCACACACUUGACACUGUUUUUUAGAGCCGAUUAGUUUCUUGUUUUGAGUUUUUUUUUACGACACAGAGAUUGCGGAGUCUCAUUUCACAACCGGACAUUAGCAAAACUUCUCGGGGAACGCCGAAAUCUCCAGCUGUCUCUCUCUCUCUCUCUUUCUUUCUGUGUGUUUGUUUUAUCGUUAGUUUGGGCGAGUGUUCAGGGAAUCAGCACACCGCUACAGUCAGAUCAUUGUGAAGCAGGACGGACUGGGCAUGCAGAGACUCAACCCUUUCAGAUCUUCUCCACAGAACUCAUCAGUAACCACGUCAUCGGUGAAUAAUGACAGCAAACAGGAAUCAUCUGUGUGCAGUUCCUCCUCCAGGCCUGAGGCGGCAGGAGAGAGCAGCAGAAACACUCCACACUCACAGGAUCCUGGAAUAAUCAUGGGGAUGAUUCAAAGACUGAACCCCUUCAGGUUUUCCUCACCGAUCAGGAGCAGUGAUGAGCCGACGCUCUCUGCAGCGCACCAGGAUCACAGUGGGAUGCCAGAUCAUCAUCUGAAGUCCUCGUCUCAGGCGUCUGAUGGAGGAGACACAACAGAUGAAGCACACAAAUCUAUACAGGACGAGGACACACAGAUCAGCUCUGAUCUUCAGUCUCCUGAAUCAGAUGCUGGUGUGUGCAGUGAAGCGAGUCCUCUAGAAGAUGAAGAGGAUGAGGAGGGUCUGCUGGCCUGGUGGAGAACAGUGGAGGGUUGGAGUGAAUGGAACGAGUCUGAACAGUGCAAAGAGGAGGACGGAGAACGUGCUAUCGAAGCAGCAGCUAACCGCGUCUUCAUGGCGGCGAAGCUGUUUGUUCACCUGUUCCUCCAGCGGGAGGCAUCUCUGCAGCAGCGGAUCCAGGAUCUGCGAGCGUUAGCGGAUGCAGCGGACACUUUCCACAAGCGUACGGUGACUGCAAGUGUGGGAGGGGGGGUGGCGAGUGUCGCAGGCAGCAUCACCACGAUCACCGGACUGGUCCUGGCACCCUUCACCUUCGGCACCUCCUUGAUUGUAACGGCAGUAGGCAUUGGUGUGGCGACCGCCGGAGGAGUCACCUCUGCCUCAGCCAACAUCACCGACACAGUCCACUCCAACACCGACCGCAAGAAGGUGGAGAAGAUGAUCCAGGACUAUCAGGGGGAAAUACACGACAUCAAAGAGUGCCUGGACUUCCUGCAGGCCGGUAUGGAGACUCUGGAGCAGUGGGACUUCGAGCAGUACGUGAACAGCAUCUCCAGCAAGGCUCUGAACCAGAAUGUAAAGCACGUGUUGAAGGAGGGCGGGAGAGCCGGAAAAGCUCUCCUGGUGAACACCGAGAGCCUGAUAAACACGGUUCAGGUGCUGAGCGUAGCCGGAGGAGCGGCCAAAGCAGCGCAGGUCAUCAGCGUCACCAGCGGGAUCAUGUCCGGACUCUUCCUAGCACUCGACCUCUUCUUUCUGGCUCGCGGGUCUAUGGAGCUACGCAGCGGAGCCAAGACGGAGUUCGCCAAACGCAUCCGGGAGGUGUGCGGAGAGCUGGAGGAAGGCCUGAAGGAGCUGCGCAGAAUCCAGAGCCAGCUUGAGAAAACCAUGAGUGGAGUGCAGAUCCAGGAGGAGGAAGACGAAGACGAAGAAGAGCAGUCAGAACUGAACACUGAGGAAUGAACGGUAUCACUUUAGUGCAUAUCAAUCAGAUCUAUUGUUUAGUAGUCAGUGCACUGAUCAGGGAAUCAGACAUUUUAAGUGCUGCAUCAAUUGCAAAAUUCUUUCAGUGAGCUUAAACGUGUCCUGAAAAGUCCCACAAUGCACUGUACAAAUCCUCGAUACACACUAUGCACGCUUAAUGGAAGUUCGGAAGCGCAAAACAUGAAUCAGGUGAACCAUCAUCAAACGUCAAAUGAGAGAUGUUGUCAU